CAUAUUACAUGUAUAUCAGAUCGAUUUUUCGGUUUGAGUUUGCUUUUACGGUAAUAAGAAAAUGUAUCACUUCUGAUAGGUCAAUCAAACAAGUGAAAUGAAUACAAAAAUGCAAACAUAUGAGGUAAAUUCAAAACUAGUAAAGUUAAUAAUCGUAUACCCCCCUACAAAAAAUAUGUGUAUCACUACGUUGUAAAGAUGCAUUGCUUUAAUAUGCAGGCCACUUGGAACAACAUACAUGGAUUUGAUUUCUAUAUGAUAUAUGAUGCGUAAAAUGUAAAUGAAAAAACAAGAUUUCUCUUAACUUCUUAAAUUUUAAAAAUUAUUAUAAUGACAGAGAUAAUGGACUGCAGCACAUGUCAGAGUCCUUGUUUGUGGGGAUGUGUCAGAUGGUUGGGACCUCGAAACAGGUGGCCAUAAGGAGGGAAACAGCGGACAUCGAAUAUAUGUUGCGUAGACAAGUGAUAACUAAUAAAGAGGUCAUGAAGAUGUUGAGUGGAAGUCACAGAGAAGGUUUUAGACUGAAGGGAUCCGAUUUCGACUAUAUGUUCUGGCCAAACAACCACCGAGUGAUCAAAGACAUGUCUCAGUAUUGCAACACAGCCAAUACAACCUUGAUUCUCUCUGACAGCACUGAGAGUCCACCAGGAUUCGCUUUACUUGAGUUAUUUACACGGUCAAGCUACAGGCAAGUCCAAUUAGCAUGUAUCACAAUGAAUGACCGGGUAUAUAUUUCUAGUUCUACAUACAGACAGUUAACAUGUUCAUCAGUUUUUCCAAAUUCUAUCGAACAUGGACCCUGUGGUAGUGGUUAUAUAGUAGAGACAUUCGAAUAUGACAUUGCUUGGAGUUUUGUUAGUGACUGUUGGCCUCCGUCUGCCUCCUCAUGGAUAGACAGAUGUCACUCAUGGCCUGGCCCUGAAGUUGUUGAUGACAUCAUCAGGAAUGGAUUUCACUUUGUAGCAAUUGGACACCCAUUAGGACCACAUACAAAUGAAGAAUGGAGAAUUUCGUUUUCUCAGGCAGAAUAUAAAGUUGUGAACUCAAUGAACCACUGUCAGUUUUUGACUUAUGGAUUGUUAAAACUUUUUCUAAAAGAAGUAAUAAAUCAACAGUCAGAAGACACCAAUAAACUGCUGUGUUCCUAUCACAUGAAGACAACAGUUUUCUGGGCAAUUCAACAAAACACACUGCCUCACUGGUGUCCACAAAAUCUCCUGGCUGGUUUCUGGGUCUGCUUUAAACUCCUCCUUAAAUGGGUGUAUAAGGGAGUUUGUCCUAACUUUUUCAUACCACAAAAUAACCUGUUUCUGACAAAGAUCCAUGGCCCAGCACAAAACAGAUUGUUCCGACAGUUACAUGAAUUGUACAGGAAAGGUCUAGCCUGCCUUUUACAGAGUUCCUCUAUCAGGUCCUACAUCAUUGACGUCCUGUACAAUCCUACACUUUCUAUUUGUACAGAUGAGAGUACAUUGAGGUUUCAAGUUGAUUAUGAUGUAGAACUUGUCAGAGAGGCAUCUAAAGUUAGCAUACACACAACAAACCUAUUUUGCCUUAUCAAAGCCAAGCACACCAUAGAACAGAUGGUAUAUUCACCCCUGACACACUAUCAAGCUGUAACGAUACGGACAUUUACAUCCACCUUAUUUCAGUAUACUGCAUUUCAAUUACAAAAUAUGUACACUAACACAGGUUGCAAUAAACAGCUAUAUAUUGCGGACAAAAUAUCCUGUCAAAUGCUGAAAUUAACAGCCAAGUUUGGGUUUGUUUCUGAUAUGUUGUACAUUGCUAUGUAUUACUACAAAACACUCCGAUACAUGGAAGCUUUAUUUGUUUUAGAGAUGACAAAGGUCAAGUUAGCACAGUCGUAUCUGAUGUAUAGGGGCUAUGUAGACAGAGAGAGGUACACUGAGGCUGUAGGGGGACAGUCCUGGUCUACAAAGAUGAGACAGGCCGUAGCACGUGAUGUUAACCUUGGGAACAGAAUCGGUUAUAUAAGUGAUCUGUUACUGGAACAACAGUGUGCUCAGCGUGAUAAGACUAAGUCCAAAUUAGAUAUCCCAGUGUUUGUAAUGUUGCACUUCCUGGAGGUCUUGUGUUACAGACACGUUGAUACAACAUUAUCACAAGCAGCUCUAGAUGAGCUACAGGUCUUAGUCCACCAUGAUCAGGGACUGUAUGUACGUGAUGUACUCAGAGACAUCUCCUGGGAGAUCCUGGGGAUCUGUCAACAGAUCACAGGAAACAUCCAAGCUGCUCUAUAUUCAUACAAACAGUCACUCACGCAGUAUCCAUUCAACAACAUACAAACUGCUACACGUAGGAGAAUACAGGAUAUAGUCUCACACCACUAAAUACAUGUACUUUCUUUUACUAAUUAACAAUUUUUAAUUGUCAAUGAGACUUAACUUGCUUUCGGGAAAUUGGAUUCUUGACGACUUCUUCAUUGGGAUAUUUACAUUAAUUGUAAAAUAUCAUCUCUGCAUAAUGCUACAAAUCCUGAAUCACGUUAUUUCUACAUUUUACAACUGGUCAGGUUUUACAUACUAGUAAUUUGUUUUUAAUUUGUAAAAAUUUCCAUUGUUUGCUAACAGUACAUGAAACAUAGCAGUACCUUUUGUCCAAAGGUGCAGUGCUUUUUUUGCUGGUUGAUAUACAUGUAGCACACUGAUGAUAUAUCAGUUAUUGAGUGCUAUUUGUUAUCGUUACCUAACCAAAGGGAUUGUGUUGUCUUAAUACAGAUUAAUUGAUUAAUAAAAUAUUUUUGUCAAUUUUAUAUGCAUUUUCAGUUUUUGU